CCUAAACAUUUCUCUAUUUUUCGAUGAUAAUGUUUUGAAGAAAAAAGAGCGUAAAGAAUAAGAAGAUUCAUGCAGGAAAUGUAUUUGUAUAAUCAAUAAGAAAAAGUGUGUUUGUGUUUAAAAAUAAUAAAAAGAUGACGACGGGUGGUGGAAAGGGAGAGAAGAUAUUGGUUUCGGUAAGAGUAAGGCCGCGGAACGACAAGGAAAAGACGAGGAACGAUAUCUGCGAUUGGGAAUGUGUAAACAACACAACCAUAAUCUGCAACAAUAAUUUGCCUGAGAGAUCUCUCUUCCCAUCUACCUAUACAUUUGACAAAGUGUUUGGAUUUGAUAGCCCCACAAAACAAGUCUAUGAAGAUGGAGCCAAGGAGGUUGCUCUUUGUGUCCUCGAGGGAAUCAAUUCAAGCAUUUUUGCGUAUGGACAGACAAGCAGUGGGAAGACGUACACGAUGAGUGGCAUCACUGAAUUCGCAAUGAAUGAUAUUUUUUGUUACAUUCAAAAGCAUAAAGAAAGGGAAUUCACUCUCAAGUUCUCAGCAAUCGAGAUCUACAAUGAAGCUGUGAGGGAUCUCCUUAGUGGAGAUAAUAACCAGUUGAGGCUUCUAGAUGAUCCAGAGAGAGGAACCGUCGUUGAGAAACUUAUUGAGGAGACCCUCCGAGACAGAACCCAUCUAGAGGAGCUUCUUUCAAUUUGUGAGACUCAGAGGAAGAUUGGAGAAACCUCAUUGAAUGAAACUAGCUCCAGAUCACAUCAGAUUCUCCGGCUGACUAUUGAAAGCACUGGUCGACAAUUCUCUCUAGAGAGCUCCAGAACUCUUGAUGCAUCUGUGUGCUUCGUUGAUCUGGCGGGAAGUGAACGUGCUUCUCAGACUUUAUCUGCUGGUGCAAGAUUGAAAGAAGGUUGUCAUAUAAACCGGAGUCUACUUACUCUUGGAACCGUCAUCCGCAAACUAAGUAAAGGUAGAAACGGCGGGCAUAUACCAUAUCGAGACUCGAAGCUAACUCGAAUCCUUCAGAACUCUUUGGGAGGAAAUGCGAGAACAGCUAUCAUAUGUACAAUGAGCCCUGCACGUAGUCAUGUUGAACAGUCAAGAAACACACUUCUCUUUGCAACAUGUGCUAAAGAGGUGACGACAAACGCUCAGGUCAAUCUAGUUGUGUCAGAGAAGGCUUUGGUGAAGCAACUGCAACAGGAACUUGCUCGAAUGGAGAAUGAGUUGAAGAACAUAGGAUCUUCUUCUUCUUCUUCUGCAGGCUCUGAGUUCUAUUCAUUGCUGAAACAGAAAGAGGAAGUCAUUUCACAAAUGGAGGAACAAAUGAAAGAACUAAAAUGGCAGCGUGAUGUAGCGCAAUCUCGGGUGGAGACUUUGCUUAAAGCAACAGCAGAAGAGCGGUCUUCUAGGAUGGAUGAACAUUCAAUGUUAAGCUCCAGUGAUUUUAAUGCAGAUCUCCAAAGAAGAAGCUAUGAUUCAAUAGAUAUUGGUGAGCCUAGUACCGUUAAUAACUUCACCGAGAGGAACUUUGAGCUUUUCGAAAACCCUGAAGAAGAUGAUUUCUUGGUGGAAGACAAUAUUCCUCAGUUUUCGAGGUACAAUCUGUACAAUGGCUGGGAGGAGAUUGUUCAAACAACCAACCAAAAAGUGGAAGGUGAGCAGAGUCGUGUCCAAGCAGAACCAGUGGAAAGCCAUGACGACAUUGUUGAUAAGAAAGCUGUGUCUGAGGUUCUCUCACCCAGAAAAGAAGAAACUAUAUCAUCUCCGGAAUACCAACCAAGCGAUAGCUCGUUAAUGGGUAAUAAUGAGCAAGAAGAGGUGGAGAUUAGCACUCCUGCCGAAAAGGAAAACGUUGACUUAUUCUCAAAGACGAUAGAUGUAGAGUCGUCUCCAAAUGCUAAGCCUGAGACCUCGGAUUUGGAGAUGAGAUCAUCAGUUGAAGUACAAGAAACACAGAAACUUGUGAAGGAAGACGAAGAGGAAAAGAAAGAAGAAAGGAUGACAAGUUCGUCAACAAAGCAAGCUGAAGAAUGCUCAAAUAAAGAAGAAGAAGAUGCUCAGCCAGAGCAGCAAACAAAGGAACACUGGGAAUUAAAUUCACUCCCUACAAAGAAGCAAUCUGAAGAGACAAUCGAAGUGGAAUUAGUACCUGAUGGUGCUAAGCUAGAUGAGGAUGAUAAAUAUUAUAGCGAAUCAUCUGUCUACAUGUCAGAUGAUGUUGACAACAGUACAUACGAGGCUUUGAAAGAAAAGGUGAAGGAGAUGCAGAAGAAAAUUAAAUACCUUAUGAGUAUGCACACAGCAGAACAACAGUCACCCUGCUUCAGAAGAGACUACAAGAGUCCGGAAAUUUUCACUACAAAAAGAAGCCGAAGUUGCAGAGAGAAUCUCUUGAGUGUUAGAUCUCCUCUAUGGUUUGAUAACUUGGAAGCUAGUAACAAUGCCUCGCCUUCCUCGAGGGUUAGGGAGUUAAAUGCAUCUCCUGGACGACCCAUGAACAAGACUACCAGCAUUUCCUUUGAUUCAGGGAGCUCUAUGAGUUCUACGCCCAUUGAUGCGCAAAGCCUGAAAGACUGUGAUCCGCAAACGGGCAACAGCUUCCAAGAAUUUGUAGCAGGUCUCCAAGAAAUGGCAAGGCAGCACUCACUUGACUCGACACCUGGGCUAGAUUAUGGAAUUGAGAUCAAGCCGGAAAGCCCUGCAAAUGCAUUGCCAAAUCCUCAUAACAGAAAUGAAGAAACCACCAGUGAUCAAUUAGAGAGAGAGCAGGGUGAUGAUUUGGUAGAAGACGCAGUACCUAAGGAAACAGAUUCCACAGAGACUUUCCCAGAUAAAGGACAAUAUACAAGAAACUUAUCAGACUUUGAGAGACAGCAACGGCAAAUAAUUGAGCUUUGGGCGGUAUGCAAUGUACCACUGGUUCACAGAACCUACUUCUUCUUGCUCUUCAAAGGUGAUCCAUCUGACUAUGUUUAUAUGGAAGUUGAACUCAGAAGGCUAUCUUUUCUGAAGCAGACGAUAAAUAAUGACACGGAAACAUCAAGGACACAAACGGUGAAGGCACUCACACGCGAGAAGGAAUGGCUUUCAAAACAAAUACCAAAGAAAUUCCCAUGGAACCAGAGAAUAGAACUCUACCGAAAAUGGGGCGUGGAGGUGAACUCAAAGCAGAGAAGUCUGCAGGUGGCGUACAAAGUGUGGACUAACACACAAGACACGGAACACAUAAAAGAGAGUGCUUCUCUUGUGGCAAAGCUGCUUGGAUUUGUUGAGGCUAGUCGAAUGCCAAAGGAAAUGUUUGGCCUCAGCUUGUUACCGGGAACCGAGAACGUAAAAUCAUCUGGCUGGAGAUUUACCAAAUCUUUCUCCAGUAUGCGCUUGACCGGAUCAUAAAAAGGGCACAUACACAGUUCCUGCUCAUAAAAUUGUGGAAGGAUUGUAUGUAAAAUAACUAAAUUUCUAGACAUCAA